GUCACUAAACACAAAAUAAUGGAGAAGCAACACAUGAAAUACAUGUUCCUCACAAAAUUGAACUUCUUUUUCCUUGUAACAUUAAUUUUUCAUGGUCUAAUUGUCCAUGGCUUCCAAAUGGAUAAUCAGGCACGUACAUUAAUGUCGUGGCGUCGUUCGAAAAUACGUUCUCGAAUGAUUAAUUCUUAUCAGGAUGAAACAUGGUCCACUGAAAAAUUGGUAUUUGAUUCUGAUGAAGAAGAAAAAUUACAUGUUGGAAAUAUGGAGGAUGAUUUGAUAAAAGAUGGUCUUCCAGGACAACCAAAAACAAAUGUGAAGUUUAAGCAGUAUGCAGGUUAUGUUAAUGUUGAUGAAAAAAAUGGAAGAAGCCUUUUUUAUUACUUUGCUGAAUCUGCUUCUGGAAAUGCUUCUUCUAAACCACUUGUUCUUUGGCUAAAUGGAGGUCCAGGAUGUUCAUCAUUAGGAUUUGGGGCCAUGCUAGAGCUUGGGCCUUUUGGUGUAAAACCUGAUGGUAAAACCCUUUAUUCCAGAACAUUUUCUUGGAACAAAGUUGCAAAUGUAAUGUUCCUGGAGUCACCAGCAGGGGUUGGCUUCUCCUAUUCCAAUACUAGCUCAGAUUAUGCACAAUCAGGCGACAAGAGGACUGCUCAAGAUGCAUAUAGGUUUCUAGUGAAUUGGUUCAAGAGGUUUCCACAUUACAAAAGCAGGGAUUUCUACAUCAUGGGAGAAAGUUAUGCAGGAUUCUACGUGCCAGAGCUAGCAGACAUCAUUGUCAAGAGCAACAUGCUAACCAACACAAACUUCAACAUCCAAUUCAAAGGAAUAAUGAUAGGAAAUGGUAUAAUGAACGAUGUAACAGACGAGAAAGGGCAAUUAGAUUAUUUAUGGAGUCAUGCACUAAUAUCAGACGAGACUUAUUUAGGCAUCCAACAACAUUGCAAAACCCAAACUGAGACAAAAACAUGUGAACAAUUUCAAAGCACAGCUCAAACUGAGUUUGGAAACAUAGAUCCUUACAACAUCUAUGGUCCCAUUUGUCCCCUUGAUGACGAUGAUUCAUCAUCGUCAUCAAGAAGAAGAGUAUUCAAGAAAAAUGGAUAUGAUCCUUGUGAACAAUAUUAUGUUCGCGAUUAUCUCAAUCUUCCUCAAGUUCAAAAGGCCUUGCAUGCCAACCUCACCAACCUUCCUAACCCUUGGGAACCUUGCAGUGGUCUGCCUUGGAAGGAUAGUCCAUCAAGUAUGUUUCCAAUAUACAAUAGACUAAUUGCAUCUGGUCUCAGGAUACUUCUUUUCAGUGGAGAUGUAGAUGCAGUAGUUUCAGUAACUUCAACUCGUUAUAGCAUCAGUGCUAUGAACCUUACAGUCAUCAAGCCUUGGCAUGUUUGGCAUGAUGAUACAAAAGAAGUAGCUGGAUAUAUGGUGGUGUAUGAUGGAUUAGCUUUUGCAACAGUUAGGGGAGCAGGGCAUCAAGUUCCACAAUUUCAACCACGUAGAGCUUUUGCUUUGUUGAAUAUGUUUUUUGCCAAUCAUUUUUAGCAUUUGGGGAUUGGCUUUAUUGGAACUCCAUUUCAAACUCAUUCUAAUAAUUGGACAUAUUUUAUUGAUCAAAGUAUUGUUUCAUGAUC